UUCUAAUUUGAUUUAAGUUUUUCUUUUUCUGGGCUUUCGUAUUGAAGGCUUUUGUUCGUUUAUUAGGUUGAUUGUUUUGGUGACACGUGGUGUACACGUGAUCACUCGUAUACAAGUGAUUUAUCUGUCGAGAUGGAGAUCGAUUCGAUGGACGUUACUCCUGAUGUUAGUUCAGAGGGGGGAGUUUGUCUGACGCAAAUGCGUUGUGCAAUAGGAAUAGUAUGAGAAUCAAGUCUGCUGAUGUGCCUGAAAAACAAAGGGCUCUUUGUCCAGGCGAUAUAAAGAAAGAGCUGGACCACGUGAUGCGUGGCGAGGACAUGCGUGAUCAGUGCUUGGAUUCGUCGACCUUUUCAAUAACAAACAAGCUAUACAAACGAUUUUUGAAAUCUAAGAGUUUCUCAGAGUCUCUGAUGCCCUCUGAGAGCAUUGAAGGCCGACGGCUUACUCCUGAUAAGGACAAUUCAGCUAAUAUCCGUAAGGUCAAUGAAGGUCCUGCUGCUGCUGCUGCUUCUACUUCUGUGCCUUCUGUCGACAAGGGAUGUAAUGACUCCGUCAUGGGGUCGGAGGUUGGUGGUGUCAGUGCAGAAAAUCGGGGAAAAAUAGAUUUUAUAUCGCUUUGCCUACAUUUGAUUUGGCAAAUGAAUUAGUUAACUCUUUUGAAAGAAAAAAAGAACCUCUUUUUAAAGGGGAAACUUGGGUAGCUUUUGUGCCAGAUUAUAAGGUAACAAAAAAGGUCAUCUUAAAAGGCAUCGAUGAUAUGGAUUUUGGUUAUAAUAAUAUAAUGGAGCUCCUGAGUCCUCCUCCAGGAUGGAGAGAUAAUUGGGCACAACCUCUGAAUGUUUAUGCUUUGAGAAAGAAGGUUGCUGACCCCCCGGCUCAGGGAGGUGUCAAAUAUGUCGACACAAAUACCAUUGUGGCAGUCUUCCCUAAUAUAACAUUACCGAAUUAUUCUCUUUUAAUUGGUAAAAGAAUUUAUAUGAUUCCUUUUAUUCAGAGGGUCAUUAGGUGCCUUCAUUGUCAACGAUUUGGGCAUUCCAUCAGGGUUUGCAGAGGACGUCGGUCCCCGAUAACUUGCGCGAGAUGCACGGGCUCUGGACAUUCAGACGAUGAAUGUUCUUCUAAGAAAAUUAAAUGCAUCAAUUGUCUCCGAUUGAAACGGGAGGAUAAAGACUUGAUGCAUAAAGCAUCAGAUGUCAAAUGUCCCGUAUUCUUGGAACAAAAAUUAAAAAAAAUCAUGGCCACCUUUUGUCUCUCCCCUGGGGAGGCGGACAUGUUCCUGAGAGAUAAGGGACCUAUCCCUUUAGGGUUCCGGAAAACAAGUCUCAUCCUAGAGAGGAUUCUCUGUUGGCCACAAAGAAGGCUCGCAACCUCAUCACUAGUGGCCCUAUUUCCAAGGCAAAAAAUAGAGUCUCUGCUAUAAAAAUUCAUAAGGAUCUUUUGUCUGGAGAAAACGAAUUUCUUCGUUUGUCUUCUCCAAAAAGAGCGGACACGCACGGGACCGUGGAUCCUGCUCUUAACAUCACUGGUUCUACCGUGGUUAAGGAGUCCUCAGGAAAGCUUUCAUUGGAAAGGCAAGAGGGUCCUAAGAUCAUAAGUGACAUUCUUAUCGAUAAUUAUAGAAAUAUUAAAAAGGUUUCGCUGGCCGAAUUGGGCCCGGAGGGUCCUGGGGCUGGGGGUUCUGCUCGUUCCUUUGGUUACUUUCGGUGCGGGGGUUGGGUUGAUGGAUCCUCCCCCCUCGGUGCCUUCGGUUGUUCCUGAAGCUAUGGCUGCGCCGCGUACGAUGGCGGAACUGGCCGGCCGGUUAAAGAAUAUAUCAUUUGAAAAAGCCACAAGUUUACUUGCCGAUUAUGCAAAUGAUACGGACAACCCUUUCUACUUGUUGGUUAGGGGUUUUUUCGUUAAAAAGAGGCAUUCUCAGGAAUCAACUGAGCCGCUUACUUUCUCUGAUAGUGUUUUUGUCAGUUUUUAUACUAAGUGUAUUUCACAUUCCAAUCUAACAGAUUUCAUUGUAUUUCUUGGUAAUCAGGAAAAGGUAGAUACCUCUUCCACCACCUCUUCUCUCUUAAGCAAUGAAUAAAUAUAAACAUCCUAUAUAUAACUGUAACUUAUCUUCUUCCAGUAAUCUCCACAUAGCACAAUGGAAUGCUAAGUAAUACAAACAUCCAACCUGGUUUUCUUACUGAAGUGUUUAUAUAUUUGAAAAAUGAAGCGUAU